AUGGAGAGCCGAAAGGACAUGGUUAUGUUUCUGGAUGGGGGUCAGCUUGGCACUCUGGUUGGCAAGAGAGUCUCCAGUUUGUCUGAAACCGUGGGCAGCCCGCUGCCCGAGCCGCCCGAGAAGAUGGUGCCCCGUGGUUGCCUGAGCCCGCGGGCCGGCCCUCCAGCCGCCCGGGAGCGCGGCGGGGGCGGCCCGGAGGAGGAGCCGGUCGAUGGACUCGCAGGNAACGCUGCGGGGUUGGGCGCCGAGCCACGGGCGGCCGGAGCGGCCAUGCUCGGCCCGGGACCUCCGGCCCCCUCCACCGACAGCCUAUCCGGCCAGGGGCAACCCAGUAGCUCGGACACCGAGUCGGAUUUCUAUGAAGAAAUCGAGGUGAGCUGCACCCCGGACUGCGCCACCGGGAACGCCGAGUACCAGCACAGCAAAGGGUCCGGCUCCGAGGCACUAACCGGCAGUCCGAACAGCUGCAACGAGGCCCCCAAGAGCACCGGCGGCGGCGGGGGCGGCUCGCAGGGCACCCUGGCUUGCAGCGCCAGUGACCAGAUGCGCCGUUACCGCACCGCCUUCACCAGGGAGCAGAUUGCCCGGCUGGAGAAGGAAUUCUAUCGGGAGAACUACGUCUCGAGGCCCCGGAGGUGUGAGCUUGCGGCUGCCCUAAACCUGCCGGAAACCACCAUCAAGUGCUCCUGCCUCGCCUGCCACAGUGGCCCAGCCAACGGGCUGGCGCCCCGGGCUGCCGCCGCCUCGGACUUCACCUGUGCCUCCACCUCCCGCUCGGACUCCUUCCUCACCUUCGCGCCCUCCGUGCUCAGCAAGGCCUCCUCCGUCGCGCUGGACCAGAGGGAGGAGGUGCCCCUCACCAGAUAA